GGGCGGCUCUUCAGCCAUGGCGGAAGCGAACGUCAAGUCGUCCGAGCAGGAGGCGGCGCCGAGCAUGAAAAUGAAGAUAAUGCUGCUGACAGUGAUGGCAAUCAUGUUUGCAGCCAUCGCCGUCCGCGAAAGGGGAUACGUGACGGUGGAGGAGCUCAUUGAACUUGCUGGAUCCAAGGAUGCCAUGGUGAAGACUGGACUGGUGCAAAGUGGGGCAGGUUUGCAGUUCGUCACUCCCUCCUGGGACGUUUCGAGCUCUUCGAAGGACGCAAGACUAGCUGAUCAGAUCGCUAAAUGGUCAGGUUCGAAGACCAAAUUCAAGCCAGCGUCUGGUACGCAGAAGUUGACUCAGGUAGAUGACAAGGCUACUAGCCAGAACAUGCUGAAGAAGGAGUUGAGAUCUGCGGAGAACACCCUCCGCCUCUCUGACUUCUUGAGCGGUGUCCCCACGGCCAAGGUAGCGAAGCAGAUCGAAGCUCUUGACAGCCACAUGGACCCCAAGGAUGUGACAGGAUGGAAGAAGCGCCUCCCUGAUGCAGAGAACAAGAAGCAGGAGGCGAAGAAGGUUGCGAAGAUAAUUGAAUCUCGCAAGAAGAAGCUCGAAAACGAGCUGACGACUACCAAGGGCCUAGAUAGCGAUAGAGCAAAGAAGAUUCGCAACCAGCUGCAGCUGCUCUUGGCGAAGAGGGCUGCCUUGAAGAAGAUGAUCUCGUCUCAGUCGGGUUCGGAUCUUCCUCACAGGAUCUGGACCUCCAAGAACGUGAAGGAUGGCGAUGCUGACGAUGACAUGAUCAGCCGUCUUGCAAGGAAGUCGGACAAGAGCUCGACUUACGCUCGAUGGCUCAAACAUGCGGAGAGUCCUCACAAGCCUAAGCCGAUCAAGCACACACUCCAUCACCAGAACUUUCCCCGGAUUACUGCGGGAGGAUACCUUGAGUGGGGUAAAUCCGAUGCUCACAAGCAUCAGGGGGCCGUCGGAGCGCAUGCUGUAGAGAAGGCCAGGACUCAGUCCCUUGCUAGCACGGAUGCCUCAGACAAGAAAGACACGAAGCAUCACACUGAGAAGAAGCAGGCUGCCUUGAAGAAAGCUUCUGUUGACUACUCCGAUCUCCUCAAGGAUGCCACGGUAGAUCCAGCCACCGACACGUGGCAGAGCAUCCAGCAGCGAGCAGCGUACAAGGUGUCGCGAUGGAUGGGUGGGGGAUACGUCCCGGUGUAUGGCCGUUAA